UUUCGCUUUCUACUCGAGAAUAACGUCGCAUAAUACCUUUUCCAAGCGAUUCUUCCCACAACUGAGACAGUCCUCCUUGUGGCCGACUUUCGCCCGCUCAGUAUAUAGCCCAUAGCGCACAGCUCCCAGUCUGAGUCAACCGCGCCUCUCUGAGCGAACAGAAAUCAUGUCCUCGGCCCUCGUCAACGUCGACGACCCGGACGCGCUGGAGCCGACUCUGCAGUCGAUCCUAGACCAGCGGUCGCUCCGGUGGAUAUUCGUCGGCGGCAAGGGUGGCGUGGGGAAGACGACGACGUCGUGCAGCCUAGCCAUCCAGCUGGCCCGGGUGCGCCGUUCGGUGCUGCUCAUCUCCACCGACCCGGCACACAACCUAAGCGAUGCCUUCAACCAGAAGUUCGGCAAGGAGGCCCGCCUGAUCGACGGCUUCACCAACCUGAGCGCCAUGGAGAUUGACCCCAACGGCAGCAUCCAAGAUCUUCUGGCCGGACAGGGCGAGGAAGGGGGUGCCGCGGGGGGUAUGGGAGAUGUGGGCGGAAUGGGAGGCAUGAUGCAGGAUCUCGCCUUUGCUAUCCCUGGUAUUGACGAAGCCAUGUCCUUUGCCGAAGUCCUCAAGCAAGUCAAGUCGCUCUCCUACGAGACCAUCAUUUUCGACACGGCACCGACAGGCCACACAUUACGCUUCCUACAGUUCCCGUCGGUGCUUGAAAAGGCGCUGGCCAAGGUCUCCCAGCUGUCGUCACAGUAUGGACCACUCCUCAACGGCCUGCUGGGUUCCAACGGCACGCUCCCCAACGGGCAGAACCUCAACGAGAUGAUGGAGAAGCUGGAGACACUACGGCAGACCAUAUCAGAGGUAAACACGCAGUUCAAGGACGAGGCCCUCACGACGUUUGUGUGCGUAUGCAUCCCCGAGUUCCUGUCGUUGUACGAGACGGAACGCAUGAUCCAGGAGCUGGCCACCUACGGCAUCGACACCCACAGCAUCGUCGUCAACCAGCUGCUGUUCCCCGGGCCGGGCUCCGACUGCUCGCAGUGCAACGCCCGGCGGCGGAUGCAGAAGAAGUAUCUCGACCAGAUCGAGGAGCUCUACGACGAGUUCAACGUCGUCAAGAUGCCCCUGCUCGUCGAGGAGGUCCGCGGGAAGGAGAAGCUGGAGAAAUUCAGCGAGAUGCUGGUCAAGCCGUACGUACCUCCGUCAUAGGCCAUGCACGACAGCAGUGAAGCUGCAGGACCGUUUGUUCGUCCUGGAUAUUUGACAUGACUGGGAUGAGGGUUACCCGUGGGCAAGGCGAGCGAAAGCAAGAGCGCCCGGGGGCAGGCAUGUCCAGGGCAUUGCGAUGCCAGAGCCACUUGCUGCCGCUCAUAGGUUUAGGCGAUUACCCAAGUUGCCG